AUGAAUAAAGGAGUAGCAACAAUAUUAGUAGCUGAUGAAUUGAUUAAAUAUAUUAGAUCACUUGAUGAUAGGAUUACAAUAUUUUUAUCAAACGAGUCAAAGAUUAGAAUCUAUGAACACAUAUUUGCAUUGAUUGCAUUGGGAUACUUUGCAAACAAGUUGUCAAAUCUCUCGGUGGAUCAAGUUAAAAAGACAGUGUGGCGUUGGUCCAAGAAACUCUUCCCAUCAUAUCAUCUAAAGAUUGCCAACGAAAUUGGAGCAGAAGUGGACAAGGUCAUCAAGGAUUCCUUCCCUCCUAUCCAAGGUUUGGAAGAACAACGUUCAUUACCUCAAGAUGGUCUAUCAAACAAAGAAGUCAUGCGUAGAUUAAAAUUAUUACAUGAUUCUGAUGUUGAUAUUAGAAAAGGACAAUUAUUUGCAUAUGUUUAUCCAACCAAUGAGAAACAUGAAAAGUUGGUAGUUGAUGCACAGAAUAUGUUUAUACAUUUGAAUGCAUUGAAUCCAACUGCAUUUCCAAGUUUACGUAGAAUGGAAGUGGAAGUUGUACAAAUGGCAAUCAAUAUGUUGAAUGGUGAUUCGUUGUGUCGUGGUACUAUGACUAGUGGAGGUACAGAGAGUAUUUUAAUGGCAAUGAAGGCUUAUAGAGACUAUGCACUCGAAAACAGAGGUAUUAGUAAGCCAGAGGUUGUACUUCCCAUCUCUGCACAUCCAGCAUUUGAAAAGGCUGCCAAAUACUUUGGAAUCAAAUUGAGAUACAUUGAAUUGGUCACUGAUGACAAUAGCCAUCGUGUCAAUAUUGAAAAGAUGAAGAGAGCAAUCAACCGAAACACCAUCCUUCUCGUUGCCUCUGCUCCUCAAUACCCACACGGUAUUUUGGACCCUGUCGAAGAGCUUGCCAAGAUUGCCAAAUCAUAUUCCUUACCAUUACAUGUGGAUGCUUGUAUUGGAGGUUUCUUUUUACCAUUUUUAGAGAGUGCUGGUUACAAGUUGCCAUGUCUCUUUGAUUUUAGAGUGGACGGUGUCACAUCCAUCUCUGCCGAUAUUCACAAGUAUGGCUACGCCACAAAAGGGUCGUCUGUCAUCCUAUUCAAGAGUGACGACUAUCGCAAGUACCAAUUUAUGGCAUACACUGGCUGGCCAGGUGGCAUAUUUGUGUCGCCAUCAGUGCUUGGUACACGUGCCGGUGGUAAUAUUGCCGCUGCAUGGACAUCGAUCGUCUCACUAGGACACAAAGGUUUCCAAAGCAAUGUUGCCAACAUUAUGAAGACAUCCAAAGCCAUCCAAGAGGGAAUUAAAAGUAUCAAGGGCAUACAAGUGAUUGGUAACCCGGUCAUGUCAAUCAUUGCCUUUUGUGCCUCCCCUUCAUCUGGUGCCGAUCCUUUACUAAACAUUCACGCAGUGGCAGAUGUAAUGCAAUCAAAGUAUGGAUGGAAAUUGGAAAGACAACAUAAACCAUCUUGCAUUCACAUGACACUUACACCAAGUCAUGUUGGUAUUGAAUCUACUUUUAUUGGACACCUCCAAGAUGCUGUUCAAGUUGUACUUGGCGACCCAUCACUCGCCAACAAGGGGUCAGCUGCCAUGUACAACGGAAUUAGUAAUAUUCCUCUUACCCAAAUCGCUGAUGAUUUCUUGAUUGAUUUUAUGGCAAAGACCUAUACACUUUAA